CGCAGCGGUUGGGAACACAGACAUUUUCGGAGCUGGAGCCGCCACUGCCGCCGCCAUUUUGUGUCUGUGGAGAAAGGAGCCCCGGCGGCGGCUGGAAGUGGACGGAGAUUCCCCGUGAGGCUGCGGCGUUUCUUCCCCGAGGUUCCCCCUGGGUCGUCCCCCAUCCCCCCUCCGCGGUCAGCAUGUGGUGAAGCCGCAGCCGCCGGAGACCCGGGGAGCGAGGCCGAGGCGUCGGAAGGGAGGCGGGGUGUCGAGCGGCUUCAGCUUCGGCGGCGGCGGACCUCGGAGGGGGGCCGCGGCGCAAUGUCAGAGCAGACGCCGGCCGAGGCCGGGGCUGCGGGGGCCCGGGAGGACGCCUGUCGGGAUUAUCAGUCGUCGCUGGAAGACCUGACCUUCAAUAGCAAACCGCACAUCAAUAUGCUGACCAUUCUAGCCGAGGAGAACCUGCCCUUCGCCAAGGAGAUCGUCUCUCUCAUCGAGGCCCAAACCGCCAAGGCUCCUUCCUCAGAGAAGCUUCCUGUUAUGUACCUUAUGGAUUCUAUCGUGAAAAACGUUGGAAGAGAGUAUCUCACUGCCUUUACUAAAAAUCUAGUUGCAACAUUUAUUUGUGUGUUUGAAAAGGUGGAUGAAAAUACUAGAAAAAGUUUAUUUAAAUUACGUUCAACAUGGGAUGAAAUAUUCCCUUUGAAGAAACUUUAUGCCUUGGAUGUCAGAGUCAAUUCAUUAGAUCCUGCUUGGCCUAUUAAACCUCUGCCCCCUAAUGUGAAUACAUCUAGCAUCCAUGUGAACCCGAAAUUUUUAAAUAAAUCGCCUGAGGAGUCUUCAACACCUGGCACAGUGGUCAGUUCCCCCAGUAUCUCCACUCCUCCAAUUGUACCUGAUAUACAAAAGAAUCUUACUCAAGAACAAAUAAUAAGGCAACAGUUACUUGCAAAACAAAAACAGUUGUUAGAACUUCAGCAGAAAAAGCUGGAGCUUGAGUUAGAACAAGCUAAGGCACAACUGGCAGUAUCUCUUAGUGUUCAGCAAGAGACGGCCAACUUGGGUCCUGGAUCAGCACCAUCUAAAUUACAUGUUUCACAAAUUCCCAAUAUGGCUGUUAAAACUCCCCAUCAGGUUUCUGUGCAACCUGACAAAAGCCGACCGGGUCCAUCCUUACAAAUUCAAGACUUGAAGGGAACUAACCGGGAUCCCCGUCUUAACAGGAUGAGCCAACAUUCUUCCCAUGGCAAAGAGCAGAGUCAUAGGAAGGAAUUUGUAAUGAACACAUUAAACCAGUCUGAUAUUAAAACAAGUAAAACUGUACCCUCUGAAAAACUAAAUUCAUCCAAGCAAGAAAAAAGCAAAUCAAGUGAAAGAAUAACCAAGAAAGAACUUGACCAGUUAGAUUCUAAAUCUAAAUCUAAAUCUAAAUCACCAUCACCUUUGAAAAACAAAUUAUCCCACCCAAAAGACUUGAAAAAUCAAGAAUCUGAAAGUAUGAGGUUGUCUGAUAUGAAUAAGAGAGAUCCACGAUUAAAAAAGCAUCUUCAGGAUAAAGCUGAGGGCAAAGAUGAAGAUAUAAAAGAAAAGAGAAAAACUGCAGAAAAGAAGGAUAAAGAUGAGCAUAUGAAAUCAUCUGAACACAGACUGAUUGGAAGUAGAAGUAAAAUCAUAAAUGGCAUUGUGCAAAAACAGGACAUGGUUACAGAAGAAUUGGAAAAACAGGGGACAAAACCAGGGAGAUCAAGUACUCGGAAGAGAUCAAGAUCGAGGUCACCUAAGUCUCGGUCACCAAUUAUACAUUCCCCAAAGAGAAGAGAUAGAAGGUCACCCAAACGGAGGCAAAGAAGUAUGUCUCCAACUUUGGCCCCCAAAGCAGGAAAGAUGCGUCAGUCAGGACUUAAACAGUCACAUAUGGAGGAGUUCCCACCACCUUCUAGGGAAGAAAGAAAUGUUAAGAGAAGUACUAAGCAGGAUGUUCGAGAUCCCAGACGGCUGAAAAAGAUGGAUGAGGAUCGGCCGCAAGAAACUACAAGUCAACAUUCUAUGAAGUCAGGUGCUGAACCAAAGGAGAAUAUAGAGAAUUGGCAAAGUUCCAAGUCUGCCAAAAGAUGGAAAUCUGGUUGGGAAGAAAAUAAAAGCUUACAACAGGGUGAUGAACAUAGUAAACCACCUCAUCUAAGGCAUAGGGAGAGCUGGUCAAGCACUAAAGGAAUCUUGUCACCUCGAACUCCAAAGCAGCAACAUCGAUUAAGUGUAGAUGCCAAUCUUCAGAUUCCUAAAGAGUUAACCCUUGCAAGCAAAAGAGAAUUACUUCAAAAGACGAGUGAACGUUUAGCUUCUGGUGAAAUUACACAGGAUGAGUUCCUUGUUGUUGUGCAUCAAAUUCGACAGCUAUUUCAGUAUCAAGAAGGUAAACAUAGAUGCAAUGUACGGGAUAGUCCUACAGAAGAAAAUAAAGGUGGAUUAAAAAAGAAACCUCUCUUAUCUGAUGCUGAAUUAACCUACUAUGAACAUAAAGCAAAACUGAAAAGGACACAGGUUCAGCAUUCAUUUCCAAGACUUGAUCUCUUAGAUCCUGAUAUUUUUGACUACCCUUUGACUGAUGCCUUGUUGUCUGGAAUAGAAUGUGAGCCAUCCAAAAGUAAACAUGCAAGUAGGAAUAGUGGAGCACAGUUUGACAGAAAAGAACAAUUUAGUGAAAGAGCAAGACGUCUUUCUCCUAUAUCUGGGAGUCGUACUUAUGCUGAGAAUCUUUCACCCCAUGAGGGCCGGAGAAGACAUGACGAGCAAGUCUCUGCUAAAGGUGUACGAGAGGAGCAGAGAUCUCCAUUCAAUGAUCGUUUUCCACUUAAGCGACCUAGAUAUGAAGAUUCAGAUAAACCAUUUGUAGAUGGCCCAGCAUCAAGAUUUGCUGGCCUUGAUACAAAUCAGCGGCUUACAGCUUUAGCUGAAGACCGACCAUUAUUUGAUGGACCUGGUAGGCCAUCUGUGACACGAGAUGGCCCAGCCAAGAUGAUUUUUGAAGGACCUAAUAAAUUAAGCCCUAGAAUUGAUGGACCUCCUACACCAGGUUCUCUUCGGUUUGAUGGGUCACCAGGACAAAUGGGGGGAGGAGGCCCUAUGAGAUUUGAAGGACCACAAGGUCAGUUAGGAGGUGGGUGCCCUUUGAGAUUUGAAGGUCCUCCAGGACCAGUAGGAACACCUCUGCGGUUUGAAGGGCCAAUUGGUCAAGGAGGAGGAGGCGGUUUUCGAUUUGAAGGUUCACCUAGUCUGAGGUUUGAGGGAUCUACAGGUGGUUUGCGAUUUGAAGGACCAGGGGGUCAGCCUGUGGGUGGUCUCAGGUUCGAAGGACAUCGUGGUCAACCUGUGGGUGGUCUGAGGUUUGAGGGCCCACAUGGACAGCCUGUGGGCAGUCUUAGAUUUGAUAAUCCUCGAGGUCAGCCUGUCGGUGGACUUAGAUUUGAGGGGGGUCAUGGUCCAUCAGGGGCAGCAAUUAGGUUUGAUGGGCCUCAUGGUCAGCCAGGUGGUGCUAUCAGAUUUGAGGGCCCUUUGCUACAGCAAGGAGUUGGAAUGAGGUUUGAGGGUCCCCAUGGUCAGUCUGUAGCUGGUAUGAGAUUUGAAGGACAUAAUCAACUAGGUGGGAACCUUAGGUUUGAGGGACCACAUGGCCAACCAGGGGUUGGGAUCAGGUUUGAAGGACCUUUAGUUCAACAAGGAGGUGGAAUGAGGUUUGAGGGUCCUGUUCCAGGAGGUGGCCUGAGAAUUGAAGGGCCUCUGGGUCAAGGUGGUCCAAGAUUUGAAGGUUGUCACUCUUUAAGGUUUGAUGGACAGCCAGGUCAGCCAUCACUUUUGCCAAGAUUUGAUGGAUUACAUGGCCAGCCAGGUCCUAGAUUUGAAAGAACUGGUCAGCCAGGUCCACAGAGAUUUGAUGGGCCACCUGGACAGCAGGUUCAACCAAGAUUUGAUAGUGUACCUCAAAGAUUCGAUGGGCCACAACACCAGCAAGCAUCAAGAUUUGAUAUUCCUCUUGGUCUGCAAGGUACCCGAUUUGACAAUCAUCCUUCACAAAGGCUUGAAUCUUUCAAUCAGACUGGCCCAUAUAAUGAUCCACCUGGCAAUGCUUUUAAUGUUCCCUCUCAAGGACUACAGUUCCAAAGACAUGAACAAAUAUUUGAUACACCUCAAGGACCAAAUUUUAAUGGACCUCAUGGCCCUGGAAACCAGAAUUUCCCAAAUCCCCUUAACAGAGCUUCAGGACACUAUUUUGAUGAAAAGAAUCUUCAGAGUUCUCAGUUUGGAAACUUUGGCAAUUUACCUACUCCAAUGUCAGUCGGAAAUAUUCAGACAUCUCAACAGGUUCUGACAGGAGUUGCUCAGCCAGUAGCAUUUGGCCAAGGACAACAAUUUUUACCAGUUCAUCCACAGAAUCCUGGAGCUUUUAUUCAAAAUCCUUCAGGAGGUCUUCCUAAGGCAUAUCCUGAUAAUCAUCUCAGUCAGGUGGAUGUAAAUGAAUUGUUUUCAAAACUGCUAAAAACAGGAAUUCUCAAAUUGUCACAGCCUGAUUCAGCUACAACACAGGUAAAUGAGGCUGUUACUCAGCCUCCCCCUGAAGAGGAGGAGGAUCAGAAUGAAGAUCAAGAUGUUCCAGAUCUUACUAAUUUUACAAUUGAAGAAUUGAAGCAACGUUAUGACAGUGUUAUAAACCGGCUGUACACUGGGAUUCAGUGUUACUCUUGUGGAAUGAGGUUUACGACAUCCCAGACAGAUGUUUAUGCAGAUCACUUGGACUGGCAUUACCGGCAAAAUAGAACUGAGAAAGAUGUUAGCAGAAAAGUCACUCAUAGACGUUGGUACUACAGUUUAACAGACUGGAUAGAAUUUGAAGAAAUAGCUGAUCUGGAAGAACGUGCAAAAAGCCAGUUUUUUGAAAAGGUUCAUGAAGAGGUUGUCCUCAAAACUCAGGAGGCUGCUAAAGAAAAGGAGUUCCAAAGUGUCCCUGCUGGACCAGCUGGAGCGGUUGAGAGUUGUGAAAUCUGUCAAGAACAAUUUGAACAGUACUGGGAUGAAGAGGAGGAGGAAUGGCACUUAAAAAAUGCUAUUAGAGUCGACGGAAAGAUUUACCAUCCAUCGUGUUAUGAAGAUUAUCAAAAUACAUCUUCUUUUGAUUGUACACCAUCUCCUAGCAAGACACCAGUUGAAAACCCUUUGAACAUUAUGUUGAACAUUGUCAAAAACGAAUUGCAAGAACCCUGUGAAAGCCCCAAAGUUAAGGAAGAGCAAAUUGAUGCCCCACCAGCCUGUUCAGAAGAAAGUGUAGCAACACCCACUGAAAUUAAAACAGAAAAUGAUACAGUUGAGUCAGUUUAAAUAAAAUGAGAAAGGUAUGGUUUUGUUUUUUUAACAAAAGCUGCUGUUGGAUCUAGAAGGUGAAGAAUUUUUUAUGUAUAUAUAGACAUAUAUCUAUAUAAAUUGUCUAGCUGAGGCAGGGCCUUCAGCUAUCAUUUGGUUAAUAAAUACAUUUUAGUAUUUGCAUUUCCUACUGCCUGCACAGUUUCAGGUGCUUGUUGUGUGAAAGUUCUGUAGAUGAGUGCAAAUUUAACAAAAUGAAAUUGUAUGUGUAAAGAUGUACGAUUUUCACUUGUGAACUGUAAAUUAUAAAUAAAAAUAUUUUUGCUAUCCAUGGAGUGUAAUAUUUAUGCACACCAUCAAAUAAAGACAGUGUUUCUAUACUUUUAUUGGGUAAGAAUGGAACUCAACAGCAACCUUAAUGUGAGAUGUUUUUUCUAGUAGCUUCCCAGGACUUCAAGAGGCAAAGUUCAAACUUAGUUUUUCUCAAAUAGAAAAGCCAGAGUUAAAAAAAAUGAAACAAUAGGACAUAUGUGCUUACAUAUAGAUAUGUUUCUCCAGCUAGAAUCAUCCCCAUCCAUUUGUGGAAAGUACGUAAUAAAACAGUAAUGCUUAUUCUUGGACUCGGAUACUGAUGCCAUCAGCAAUUAACAAAUAUAUUUAAGUACUGAAAGUGAUUUUUUUAGAAAAUAUUUUUCAAAUUGUCAAUUUAAUGCAGAUGAACAUAUUUCUAUUUUAAGUUACAGGGAUUCUGUAUAAGAAUGUUCAUAUGAAAAACAUGGUUAACUUUCCUUUGUUGGUUUUGAUUGAAUUAGAUGGGAUACCAUGAGAUGUUAAUAUUCAUACAUGUAAUAAAUUGAAUGAUGAAGAACUUUCGUUUGUAUUUCUUGAGUGAAUUUAGAAUGUGACCCUUUUUCAUGUGUUUUAAAACAUGAGUGCAGUGCCAGCUAUAAGCCACACUCCUAGAUACAAUAAAGAUAGGGACAAUUAAUGAGACUUUAAUGUUUUGUGGUGGCAAUUGGCACCUUUCUUCAUGUGGUUUCUUUGGUUAUAGCACCAAAGGCU